UCUCAAAUGUGAUCUCUUCUUUGUCUUCAUUGUCUUAAGAUGCAAGUUGCCUUCACAACCUGUUGCUCGGUGACACGCUUUUUGCAACUUUCUCAAAUGUUUGUUUGUCAGCUAAGAACAGGAGACGCGUAAGCGAUUGUGUACGGAUAAAGCGUUAGCUUAAGGGGUGUUUUCGAUGCAAAGCGAAAAUAACACGUAUCAAAUUCCGGCUCCGCUUAAGCAGAAAGAAAGACUAGGUAACAAUAGAAGCCAACGUUCAUUCCUAAACUGGAUAGACCAGUUGGGGCAGGUAAAGGCAAACUGCCAGACUUGUCAAAGGACACGAAGACAGUGGUUGACUCCUCUUCGAUCACACAACCUUCUGCACGAGGAGACAACCGGUCGAAUGACGAGGGCCCGCGGCACCGGUUUAUAAUGCUGAUGAUUAACUAAAUAGAGUCUGGGAAAGCAGGUCUGCUCGGCUUUCUCAUUUCAUGGGGCCUGACUGACCGUGAGGAAGACGGGAGUGUUCUCAAGCGGCGGGGUGGAAAUUCAAGACCUUUCUUUGCUUUUUUUCUCAGCCCCUGCCUUCCAAAAACUUUCUUUGGUUUGGUGGCAUUCUUUGCUUGGGGUACCUUUCAAGACGGCCUCGCCUGGCUGGAGGGUUGAAUCAACAAGGUGGAGAAAGAGUCUGCGGAGUAGUUGAGGAGGUUGAGGCUGAACAGGGAACAAUACGUCGUUGAGUGGAUAUCCAGCAGUAAGCUCACAUUGUGCUGUUCCCCCAGUGUGAAGCUUGAGAUCAUGUCAUCUGAGAGCUUGUUGGAGCAGUGCAAUGAGGCCCGGAAGGAUGACGGCAAAGUGCACAAACAAAGAAAAGAAGUGGAGGAGGACAACCAGGCUGCAGUAACAUUAUCUCCUGCUCGUGAUGUCGUAGAGGGCCUGAUAACCGUCCAGGUGAAGGAGAUGCAAUCUGGUCAAUGCAAAAAGGGACGGAUCUCGAUGGCUUUGAACAAGAAGAGACAUGACAGAGACUCGGUCAAGGAAAGGGUCCAGCAUGUUGAAGAGCACCGAGGUUCUGGCCCUUUUUUCUUCUUUGGAGGAGCCAAUGGUGCUGAGAUAGUGAGCACUUAUUGUGAGGGAAGAGGAUGGAAGAGGACAUACAACAAGCACAGGGAAGACUUCAAACUCAAGUGGUGUGAGACCAAAUCUCCACGCACGUACCACAACUUCAGAGAAGGAGAACAACUGGUUUAUCAGAUCCCCAACAACAAGGUUCUCACCACCAAGAUUGGCCUGCUGAGCAGUCUGAGGGAGUACGAGCGAGUCACUUGCAAAGUCAACCACGGCCGAGUGUUCAGGAAGAUGAAAAUGAAGGAGUUUAUUCCUACAACCUUCCGUUUGGAUGUGAAGCAAGAGCGAGAGGCUUUCUUUGCUCAGCAGGAGGCAGGUUCACACAUCAAUUCCAGUCAAAUGUGGAUAUGCAAGCCCACUGGUCUGAACCAGGGCAGAGGAAUCUUCCUACUGAAGAGCAUGGAAGACGUUGCCGCCUUGACCCUGAAGCUGCAACACAUGGACGACCUGCGGACCAACACUAAGACUCUUCAUCGCCAGCCUCAGGCUUACAUUGUCCAACAUUACAUCCAGAGGCCUCUGCUGUUACGAGGGAAGAAGUUUGACGUGCGCUCUUUUCUCCUAAUAGCCUGCACGUCACCUUACAUGGUCUUCUUUCGCCACGGAUACAUCCGACUGUCCUGUGACCACUAUGACCCCAGCUCCAAUAAUCUCUCAGCCCACCUGACCAAUCAGUACAUGCAGAAGAAGAACCCUCUGUACAGUCGCAUGAAGGAGGAGACCGUGUGGUCCAUGGAGAGCUUCAACGCCUAUGUCAACGAUUGCUUUCAGGUUGCAAAGGAUCUGCCAAGGGACUGGGUGCUGGGCGCCUUCACAAAGUACAUGCAGCAGAUGAUGACACAGUGUUUCCUUGCUGUCAAACACAAGCUGGACCGCAGGCUGGGUUUCUUCGACUUGAUUGGCUGUGACUUCUUGGUGGACGAGGACUUCAAGGUGUGGCUUUUGGAGAUGAACUGUAAUCCAGCCCUCCAUGUCAACUGUGAGGUGCUGAAAGAGGUGAUACCCAGCACUGUAGCCGAGACACUGGAUUUAACUCUUGAGAUCUUCAACAAGUGCCGUCUAAGACAGCGGAUCUUGCCUUUGGCCUGUCAGAGGGAGUUUGUACUCCUGUACAACGGACUUUGUGGCUCGCAUUCCGACAACACUGGAAAGAGCCGCAAAGUUUCGAGAAAAAUCCAAAAGACUAGGCCCAGACGGGUACGUGGGACACAACGCAACUGAGACAGCCCACACAUCUUCUGACAGCUCUUCAAGUAUCGCCACCUUAAACCGUCAUAGUUAUGUGGAGAUCAAAAUGAGCACAUGCGCAAUGCAGCAUCACCAUGCAUGUGAGGAUGCGUUGAAACACUGAUUUAAUGCAACAAAUAGAAAAUAUUUGCAUGUUCAGUGAGUAAGUGACUAGUAUAUUCUUCGAUGAACCUCAAGUUUAUUUUUUUUUUAAAUACGUAAAUCAUGUACACUUUACAUUUGCAAACAUGUCAUGCAUGUAGUAGGUUCAUUAUGCUAUUUAGAUCUCAAGUUGCCUUGUAAAUAAAUAAAUACAGAAAUUAUACACAAUUACACAUUCAUAAUUUAUUAUAAAACAAAUGUUAGUAAAUGUCUUGUAUAUACAGCAUUGGUUUUUCCUUAGAGUGCCACUUGUUGCUAUGCAGAGUUCAUAGGGCUUAGGGAUGACUGUACCAUCAGCCAAUGAAAAAAGAGAAAAUAAAAACUGCAUAAUCAGACCACC